UUUAUUUUUAAAAUCAUUUAUUAUUGUUGUUCAAACACAACAUGAGCACCACUGACACAUCAGCUUCCAAAGAAAUGUCCUUUGCCGAAAAGCAGGCUGAGCGAAUGAAAAAAUUGCGCUCCUUACACAGCACUCGAAAUGAGGCUCGAACGCAAAAUCACCAAGAAGUUGUCGCCGAAGAAGCAAGAAACAAGUUACCUUCAACCUAUGAAGCCAAACGAAGGCAAGCAGAAUGGUUAAUGGAUGAUCAAACUAAACGGGAAGAGGCUUCUAAACAAGGUAAGGAUUACGAUAGAGUGAAGCUUUUAAAUAUAUCAGCGAUAGAAGCAGAGAGAUUAGAAAGAAAGAAGAAGAAAAAGAAUCCUGAUCAAGGUUUCUCAACAUACGAACAGGCAACAGUGAGACAAUACAAUAGACUUGUAAAGAACAUGCCGCAAGCAGAUAUGGAACAAUAUGAAAAACAGAAAGAGAAAUAUGGCGAUGCAUUUUAUGGUGGUCCAAAUGUUAUUAUUCAUGGCAUGCAUAAGGAUAGAAAGGAGGCUGUUGAUAAGAUGGUGGACGAUCUGGAAGGACAAAUUGCUAGAAGAGCGAAAUAUUCACGUAGAAGGACACACAAUGAUGAUGCUGAUAUUGAUUAUAUCAAUGAAAGAAAUGCUAAGUUUAACAAGAAAUUGGAAAGGUUUUAUGGUGAACAUACAGCUGAGAUUAAACAAAAUUUGGAAAGGGGAACUGCUAUAUAAAUAUAUAUAAUUGAGAAGCAAAUAAUAAAAAUGGUUGAACUCUGUGUCAAUUUUAGGUUAACAAUAAAAAUUUCUUCUGUCAUUGAUGAGGCUUGAGGCAAUAAUGAUUAUGAAUUCUUGCCAUUGACAUGUUAAA